CCUAGAGGAAAGCAACCAAAGUUAAGGAACAUAUAGACGGGGGAGAAGAGAGAGAGAGAGAGAGAGAGAAGAGAGAGACCGUUCUUCUCCAAACCUCUGCGAUAUUGAUCGCCGAAAUCUUUGGAAACCCUCCUCGCAUUAUCGAAACCCUAAUCACUUCUUCACUUUUCGCUCUCUACUAUCUCUCUCUCUCUCUCUCUCUCUCUCUCAAGCUAUUCGGAAUUUUUGUUAUCUUUUUGUUUAUUCCCCCUUUAAGGCCCUCAAUCUUCGUUGAUCAACUCGUCGACUCGCUCGCACACUCUCAGAAACCCUAAUUUUUCCUUCUUCUUUUUUCUAUCAUGGCUACGAGUAGUAGUGCGAACGCGGAUUCCGCCUCGGCCACGAACCAAUCGCCACGUCACUCAACCGUCGGCGCCGAUACCGUCGGUAGUCCUCAAUCGCGUCGCGCCACGAGGGUGGUGUCGUCCUCGCUGCCUCCGUGGACCCAAAUCGUUCGCGGUCAAUCUGAGCCGGUCGCCGCUGCUCCUUCUUCGCCCUCGCAUACGACGGCUGUGACUGAGCCGGCUGUUGCUUUGGUGGUGGUGGAGGAAUCGAUGGGGGAGGGCUCGGAGAAUGGGCCGAAUGGCAAUGCGGGGAAGAGGCCGGCCUGGAACAAGCCUUCGAAUGGACCUGCCCCGGACGUUGGUGCGGUCAUGGGUGCGGCCUCUUGGCCCGCUUUAUCGGUGUCCACUCGGGCCUCGGCUAAACCGUCUUCCGAAUCUUCGAAAUGCUUAUCGGACAUCGUAUCGCCAGUCGCCCCGUCUCAGGGGACUGGAACAACAUCUUCCUCUUCACAGAAACAAGUUAGUAAUAAUGCAAAUUCUAAUCCAACCUCGAACCACAGCAUAAACACACGUCAGAGAUCUAUGAAGCGUCAUGGUGUAAGUACAUCCUCUAAUGGUGGCCUCCCACCUCAGCAGCAAGCACCACCAGGUGCUGUGAUUGAUGGGGGUUUAAAUAACCCUUCACCUAAAGAUCAUAUGCAAAGAAGCGGGUUUUCAUCACAAUCCCAUAGUGGUAACGAUCAUCCACCGCAGCGCAACUCAUUUAGGAACCGCAAUGGUGGCUCACAUACACGUGGAGAUGGUUCUCACCAUCACAAUUACAAAGGCAGGCAUGAUCAUGAGCGCGGAAAUUCAGAUUGGAAUGCUCAUAGGAAUUUUGCUGGCAAAGACACCCACAUGCAGCCACAGAGAGUUAUCCAUAGGUUUAUGAGGGGACCUCCAUCACCUCAGAGUUCUGCCCCAUUUAUUCCCCCACCAACUGUGCGGCCUUAUGGCGGUCCCAUUGGUUUCCCUGAUAUGCCGCCUCCAAUGGUAUAUGUUGCAGCUCCUUCUCCUGAGUCACUCAGAGGCAUGCCUUUUGUAGCACCAAUACCGCCUCAUGCACUUUUUUUCCAUGCUUCUGAUCCUCAGUUAUAUACCAAGAUAGUUAAUCAGAUAGAUUAUUAUUUCAGUAAUGAGAAUUUAGUUAAAGAUAUAUACUUGCGGCAGAACAUGGAUGACCAGGGCUGGGUUCCUAUUAAAUUGAUAGCAGGCUUCAAAAAAGUCAUGCUCUUGACAGAAAAUAUCCAGCUUAUAUUGGAUGCUGUGCGUACUUCAAAUGUUCUGGAAAUACAGGGUGACAAAGUGAGAAGGCGCAAUGAUUGGAUGAAAUGGAUAAUAUCACCUUCGGUUCAUUUUCCUGAGGCUUCAGGUCAACAGUCCUCUGGAAAGUCCAGUCAGGAUAUACUCGCAGCUCAUGUCCAAAGCAUGGCACUGGAGGAGAAGACUACCGACCACAGCAGUGCUGGUGGUCAAGCUGAUGUUCAUGGAGUGGCAAUCCAUAGUGGACUGCCAUCUGGAGAUUCGAGCAGCCUGAUGCAGCUGUCUGGUGGCCGAAUUACUGGAGUCGGUGUUCAAGCCGGUUCAGAUCACUCUAUUUCAGCAUGAAAUUAGAGGAAGAGAAAUGUGCGCUUUUGCACGUUCUAUUUAAACUACAAAUUUCGUAAGUAAAGAGGGGUGAGGGAUGGACUUGAUGACAAUGGUGAAUAUCUAUCAUUUUCUUGAAGAUAGGGUCUUACCAUGGUGCGAUAAAAGCAUAUCUCGUAACCACAUUGAAAGACAUUAUUAAGAAGGGGAAAAAAAAAAGAGAACCUAUUAUAGAACAGAAAUAUUAAAGCAGAAGAAAAAAACCAAAAAACAUAAAAACAUUUCAAUGACUCGAGCAAAUAUGUCAUGGGUUUCUGAUGGUUUCUGUUGUCUUUUAUGGUGGCAUGAUCGGUGUUUUUGGUUGGGGAAUUUUGAUUUCAUUUCCCUUUGCUGCCCCCUCAGCUGGUUUUUUUAGAAUCUUUGGGGUCAGAUCACCGCCACCUUCUGGAGGUUUACAUGAGUUGGAAAAUGCUCGGGUCGACCCACAUCCUCGCCAAUCAUGAGGGAACGGAGGAGGGUGGGUGGCUUUUUGAUGGAUGCUGCAGCUUGUUCUACAACUGCUAUCAUUACAUAUUUUUGAUCUACUGCUUUUUUUUUUUUUUAAUAUGCUAAACUUAAAUUUGCUUUGAUAUGUAAUAAUACCUUAUUUCUUCAAACCCCUUGAAGAAUUUACUGCAUA